ACCAAACUGAGCGAGAUAUAAAACAAUCACACUAUCCUCUUCGAAAGCGUUGGGAGUAGAAAAGGAGUGUGACGAAUUCAAACAGAAAGCUCGGCAUUGCAACACCGACAAAUAUAUCAAAAUGACCCUCUGCGAUUACGACUCGUCUUCCGACUCUGACAGUUCAACUGUCUCGUACCUCUCAGAAGAAGAUUUCCGCUACCCACACACUGGUACACCUCACAACCGCAGUCAUGUCAGCAAAAAGAGAACCUGGUCCGAAACAGACGACGAAAGUGACCUCCCUGGCGUCCCAGACUACCGACAAGUCGGCAACUCUUACACUCGCUUCUGUUACAACUCGGAUUUGGAUUCAGAGGAGGACAGCAGAGAGACAAAGAGGAGAAGAGCCGGCAACGGCAAGCCGGUAGUCCCGAUUGCUGGAGGUGUCAGAGACUUCCUGGUCAAGUGUCCUACGCCGGCGCCGAGGCCAACCAGUAGUGCUUUCCCUGUGAGCAUUAUCCGCAAGCCAUUGAGGCUUGGUAGUAGUGGAUUUAAACUGGAUGAGAAUAUGGAGUACCUCACCCUCGGUGACCCAUCACCUCAAAAUGGCAGCGAACUCGAACCUAUACCACCAGUAGCGCUUCGUCCAGCUCAAGUCCAACCAUUCGUCCAUACCUAUCCCGCGCCGAAGCCUACGACGGCGGUAAAAGUACGGUUGAGAAAGGCAGCUUCUUCGCCUGUAGAACCGAAGCCGGCGGUUCUGAUGUCCGCUUGGCUUGGGGUUACUAGUAACUGGUCUUUUCCUAGCUUGUAGAGCAGUAAAAAGAGAUGUGCUGCCGCAUCUCGAAGCUAGACAGAAUGCAUCCUAGAGUAGGAGUUCUUCAUAGAUGUCUCCACUACACAAACAAAAAUAGCAUUAUACACUCAAGCAGUUUGAUUCCCAUUU